GACAAGGGUCAUUCGAAGACAAAAGUCUGCCAUUUUUAUUAGACUUUAUAAUAAAAGCAAUUUAGCGUCACAAUAUUACUAGGUGUAAUAGUUUCAUAUUUUUAAAAAUAUUUAUUAAUAUUUUGAGUUCAUGCUCUUACCAGCACCACAAAUUCUAUCGGUCUCAGUCAGAAUAUGAUUCUGUGCUGUCUCAUAGCAACCUAAAAAUAGAACUGUCCCUAUUAUGCUAUAUAUGACUGAAAUGGCUGGAACAAGUUAUGGGUGUUUAAUUGCAAUGCAAACUAUAAGCUGUGGAAAUGCUGUCUAGAUAGAUAGAUAGAUAGUCACUACUUACAUAAGAAUGGGCAUUUGAACAGGUGCACUAUUAUCAGCCUAAUCAGUGCUAUAUGCAGCUAUUGAAAUGCUGAGUAUAUUACAUCAAAGAAUUAUUUUCUCUUGUUCAUGACACAGGCAGUCUGUGUAGUGAACAAGACUGUGUUAUGCUUAAUUUCAAUUUGUGCUGUGACAAAGUUAUUUAAAUGUUUAAGUUAGUAAGGGCUACAUUUUUUGCUAUAAUUAUUACAUAUCAUCAUUUGUGCAGUAUUAUUAUAAUAUGCCAAAACAUCAAAUCCAGUAAUCAGGUGCAAUUUAUGUGCAAUUUACUAAGAUUGACACAGUCUAACUGGGUGGACACGUUAUGCGAUAGUCAGUAUGGUUAGAUGCUGAUAUUAUUACUGAUAUUAUUCUUUGAAUGCUGUAUAUAUAAAAAUAUUUACAUUUCAAAUUUAACCAUCAUCUGUACUGUAUUACAUACUGAUUAGACUCCUAAUCUCGAUGUACAAAAACUGAUUUUUUAUUUUAUUUUUUUUUUUUAUGUUUUUGUUUGUUUGUGCUCAUGAUGACAACACAGGUUCACACCAGAACCGAUUUAUUUUUGUAGAUUCUGACGUCAAACAGAUUCACGUUUAAUUCACGAAGUGAAAAGGGGGGAAGUUAUUUAUAACCUCAACGUCUUAGUGUGAUCCUUGGGUGCGCAAAUAGGAAUGUAGCGAUUGGACUGGUCUCUUGCGUUUCAGUAACAAAAGCGGUGGGGCUGGAGCGUCGUUGUGCCUCUGCACGGACUGAACCUAAAAUAGGACAGUUCUGUUGAGUCUGAACUAAAUAACUACACGAGCUGUGCUGAGAAACUAUGCCUCUCCAUAGCUUCUAGAAUAUUGGAGACCAUUACCGUGGACUUAUUCUACAAUGGUAAACCUGUGCGUCAACCAGGACUGAGGCUGAUUUGGGUCCAGUCUGGGUGAUGGCUGACGUGCUGGAGCUCAGGACGGAUGGGAACUCUCUGCUGAAAGCAGUAUGGCUUCGCCGUUUGCGCCUUACAAGACUUCUCCUGGAAGGUGGAGCCUACAUCAAUGAAAGCAACGAUCGUGGAGAGACGCCACUCAUGGUGGCCUGCAUGUCCAAACACUCUGACCAGCAGAGUGUCAGCAAGGCUAAGCUUGUCAAGUACCUUCUGGACAACAAAGCUGACCCUAAUAUCCAAGACAAAGCUGGAAGGACAGCCCUCAUGCAUGCAUGCAGCCACAGGGCAGGACAUGAGGUGGUCUCACUUCUACUGACCAACGGGGCUGAUCCGAGUCUGGAGGACCGUCAUGGAUCUUCUGCUUUAGUCUAUGCUGUCAACGCAGAUGAUAAAGAAACCUUAAAAGUUCUCCUUGAUGCCUGCAAAGCCAAAGGCAAGGAGGUCAUCAUCAUUACCACCGACAAAUCGCCGUCUGGAACCAAAACUACCAAGCAGUACCUGAAUGUUCCUCCGUCUCCUGAGUUGGAUGAGAGGACAUCUCUUGCACCAUGUGCCUCACCGUCAGAGAUAGAUCUUCAUGCAUUGCCAUCUCCCAGCAAAGAGGAGGAGAAGGACACUGUAUUCAAUUUUCAAACAAAGUUUAAGUCAACCUCAAACACAGCAGCCAAACUUCCCAAUGGACUUACUUCCCCCAGUAAGAAGCCAGUGAACCCCAAGCGGGCUCGUCUACCCCAGCUGAAGCGACUACAGUCAGAGCCUUGGGGUCUGAUUGCCCCGUCUGUGUUGGCAGCAGCAAAUGAAGAGAGCAAGAGAGCCAACUCAGAUGAAGAUGUUGUUGCAGGUGUCAAUGGUCUGAGCCUGUCUAAAAGAGGCACUCUGUCCCGGCAUAACAGCGUGGACGGAAAGGACAUCUUGUUUCCGAUAUUGGGAGAUCAGACCGCAAAAAUCUCCCAAACAUCAUCUUCCAAGGCCUCCUAUGAGAGAUCGCUAGCACAGCACCAACCCCUGGGACGGCGUAGCACUGUCCCCACAGAACAGGAUGGCUGUGGAGGAAACUUGGGGCCAGCUAGCCUCAGAGACACACUGCACCGGAGGCGACUGGGGAAUGAACACUACGACUCAGACUCCCAGCUGUACUCAGAUUCCAGCAUGCUAGACUCUCCUAAGGCACCCCUGGAGAGAAGGAAGCUCAAUACAUCCCCUCUUGCUAUGCUUACAGGCUCACGAGAGUCCUUGGACAGCAAUCCCAGUACCUCGUCCCCUAGCACAGCCAGAUGCAGAGCACCUGGCCUACUGGAGCGGCGCGGCUCUGGAACACUAUUGCUGGACUAUAUAUCCCACACCCGCCCAGGUCACCUGCCCCCACUAAACGUCAACCCCAACCCUCCGAUUCCAGAUAUAGGGGCAAGCAGCAAGCCCUCAUCCCCACUUGCAGCAGGUAUCAGACCAAUAGCUCCCGUAGCACCCAACUCACCAAAGAGAAGCAACCUCAGGACGAAAAAGAAGCUUGUGAGAAGGCACUCUAUGCAAGUGGAACAGAUGAAGCAGCUUUCAAACUUUGAAGAGCCCAACCAUCAAUCUUGAAACUCAGUCUAUGUAGAUGUAGCAACUUUGACAUCAUUAAUAUACGUCUGAGAUCUUGGGUAAUAUUGAUGCUUAGGCAGGUGGAAAACAGGUGGUACCUGUAAUAGAAUUUAAAGGUAGUUAGCACUGAAUGUAGCCAUUUAGGGCAAAGGGAUAUUGUAUCAUGAGGUUAAUCUACUUGUUAGUUUCAAUUAGCAAAAAGACCAUUUUUGAAACAGCAACAGAAAACUAAUAUAUUUAUCUAAUGCCUACCAGAGGAAAAAAUCAGAUGUCGGAGGUGCAUAAAUAGCUUAUUGUCUAUAAAAGGUGAAGAUAUUUAGAGGAUUAGUUCACUUCACAGAAUUAAAAUGUCCUGAUAAUUUACUCACCCGCAUGUCAUCCAAGAUGUUUAUGUCUUUCUUUCUUCAGUCAAAAAGAAAUUAAGGUUUUUGAGGAAAACAUUCCAGGAUUUUUCUCUCUAUAGUGGACUUUACUGGGGUUCAAUGGGUUAAAGGUCCAAAUUGCAGUUUCAGUGCAGCUUCAAAGGGCUCUACACGAUCCCAGAUGAGGAAUAAGGGUCUUAUCUAGCAAAACAUUCAUUUUCGCUAAACUGGUGAUUUAAAAAAAAAAAAAUAAAUUGCAAUGCUCCACGCAUUACGUAAUCAUGUUGGAAAGGUCACGCGUGACAUAGGCGGAAGCACCGCGGGAGGGCAAAAAACUCCAUCUAAUUUUCUCCUCCAACUUCAAAAUCGUCUCACAUUGUUGUUUUACCUUUUUUUGUAAAGGGUGUUUGACUUAGUCUUUGCACGUUCUUUUGCAAUGGAUCAGUACUUCCGCGUGACCUUUCCAACAUGCUUACGUAAUGCGUGGUGUAUCACAGAGCAGUGCCAGAUGAGCAUUUGUGGUUAAAAAAUAUAUACAUUUUUAUUUUUUUUAUAAAAUGACUGAUUGUUUCACUAGAUAAAACUCUUAUUCCUCAUCUGGGAUCGUGUAGAUCCCUUUGAAGCUGCAGUGAAGUCCACUAUAUAGAGAAAAAUCCUAGAAUGUUUUCCUCAAAAAUCUUAAUUUCUUUUCGACUGAUAAAAAAGAAAGACAUAAACAUCUUGGAUGACAUGGGGGUGAGUAAAUUAUCAGGAAAUUUUAAUUUUAAUUCUGAAGUGAACUAAUCCUUUAAAGAUGCAACCUAGCGCUUAGUUUAGAUUUAAUAUAUGAUGUAACAUUAUAGUGUAAGCUUAUACCGUCGCUUCCUACCACCCACAAAACUGUUUUUCAAAAUAUAUGUUGGUGGAAAUGGGAUUUACAUCACAAUCACAAAAACACAACAAAGCAGUGUGCAAUUUUCCAUUCUGCAACAAAGGUAGUGUUUGUCCUCUUAAAGAGGAGGUGAGAGAGUGCGCUAUUAUUCUCUCGCGUAUGAAGAUUGAAUUUGACAGGCUUGACUACAGCUAGUUCUAAGCGCAGAUCUUCUGCUGCAAACAAAAACAGAGACAGAAAUAUCUGUAUAUCUUCAAAGUCUAGACAUCUCUCCAUGAGAUUCAUUAAAGCAGACAGGAGAGUGAAUGCAAAACCAGACUGUCAAAAUGGAGCAGAGAGGUCACCAGAUCAUACCCAUUAAAAGAGAGCAUUCCAUUGGCUCCUGAUUAAAAAGCUGUAAGAACCGCAAAUCCGGUUGAGAAUUGUAGCAAGAGAAAGGAAAUGCAAAAGAAAUGUUCUCUGAUCACUAUACAUAUAAAAUGUUAGCUUAUUAAUGUUGAUGUUAAUAAUGCCUGUGUGCAGAUGUAUCAUUACAUGAAUACCUGAUCUAGAUUCUGUAAGAAAUACUGACCAUCUGUGAUCUGUCUCUUGUAAUUGAUUACAUCUUACACCGAUUGCAAUAAUACAGGCAACAUUGCAAAUGUAAUUAUGACUUACUCCUUAACGCAAAGAUGAUUUCUAUAGUCAUAGCACCCUUAGUUAACCUUGCUAGGUUGGCAGUCUUUAUAUAUAUAUAUAAAGUGUCAGUUCAUUCCAUGAUGAGUUCAAAAGAUUGAAUGUUUGUAGCUAAUUAGUGUAUAGUGCCUUUGAGGGAGUGUAAAAGGUGUUCUGCAUCACAGAUUACUUUCAAUAAAAUAUAAUUCAGCAGCAAUUUAAUUACAAUAUUAGAACUGCAAGUAAGAAAUCACGACAAAUAUAACAAUGACAACAAUUGACAAAAAUCACUAGGUAAUACUUAUAUCAUAAUAUAUUUGGGUAAGGUCUGUAGCAGAACAUACCUUGUGAUAAACCAAUGACUAUUGUACAGACAAAUGUAAACGUAGGUUUAUCCAUUUGUCAGCCAAUGUUAUGUGGUAGAACUAAUGUGCCCAUGUUACUUUUUGUGCAAUUGCAAAGUGCUUCAGAUUCAUUGCUGCUAUAAUGUUUAAUAGCCACUUAUUAGCCUGCAUAAGGCUGUGAAAUAAUAUAUGUUCUGUAGUACUAGAGUUAGCUGGCUAACUCCUCACUAAUUUUCCCUGGGUUAAGACAUAAAAGACAAGCAAUCAACAAACAGAUGCAUUCAGGCUUUUGGUCUGUGAUUAUGAAAUACGUGUAUGACAUAAAAAUACGUAUGGGUCAAUAAUAAUUAUAAUUUAUAAUUCAGAACUGCUGGCCCUCAAGCAAUUCAGUAGUAAAAAAAAAUAAACAUAUAAGAGUGAAAUUUAAAUUAUUAAUGAAUCCCAAAUGAGACCAUGUGAAAAGGUUUUAUCACAAUUGUCUUUAUAUGAAAACUGUGAGGCAUACUAUUGGUUGCGCACAUGUUUACAUUGUUUGAUGCAUAGUAUUUUUGUAUGUAGUAUCUUGUAUAUUUUGAAUAAAUGUCUGUAUCAA